CUCCGUCUGGCUGCAGAGCUCUUAUAGCCCGGGGUCAGUGCUGGGGAAGCGGAGUGUCUGGAAGCAGCAUGUCCCCUGCCGGCGUUAUCCUGGGAGUGUUCUCUCUGCUCUGCAUCGCCGGACACACCGCAGCCAGAGCCAGACCCCGUCCGGACAUGUUCUGCAUAUUCCAUGGGAAGAAGUAUGGAGCAGGAGAGAGCUGGCACCCUUACCUGGAGCCUCAGGGUCUCGUGUACUGCAUCCGCUGCACCUGUUCUGAGGGCGGAAGCGUCAGCUGCUACAGGAUAAAGUGUCCAGUCCUUCAUUGUGUCCACACAGUCACUGACCCCCAGCAGUGCUGCCCGCGUUGUGUAGAGCCGCACUCUCCCUCCGGACUACGCGCUCCAGCCAAGGUGUGCCAGCACAACGGGACAACCUACCAGCAGGGCGAGAUGUUCACCACCCACGAGCUGUUCCCGUCCCGGCAGUCCAACCAGUGUGUACAGUGCAGCUGCUCAGAUGGUCAGAUUUACUGCGGUUUGGUGACCUGUCCAGAGCUGGUGUGCGCCUCUCCUCUCACCGUGACGGAUUCGUGCUGCCCGGUGUGCCGAGAUGGAUCCCAUGAGCGCUCGGUGGAAGAGGAACCCCUGCAGUUAAACAGAGGUGUUAGACACUCACACGAGCAGUGUCUGAGCGACCUGCUGAACAAGAAAUCGCUGGGGGCAACAGAAUCCACAGCCAUCAGCUCCUCCCUGGGGUUCAACCCACGCAGCUUCAAGCAGAAAGGAGGUGGCGGGGGGACGACUGUGAAAAUACUCAUGAAAGAAAAGCACAAAAAGGCCUGUAUAUAUAACGGUAAGACUUAUUCCCACGGAGAGGUCUGGCACCCGGUGUUCCGAGCCUUUGGCGCAAUCCCAUGUAUACUGUGCACGUGUAAGGACGGCAACCAGGACUGUCAGCGAGUGACCUGUCCGGAGGAAUAUGCGUGUGAGCACCCGGAGAAGGUGGACGGGAAGUGCUGCAAGAUGUGCCAGGAGGACAAAGUCAAACCCACCACGGAGGUCACCAUCACCAGGUGCCUUAAAAACCCAAACAAGAUCCUGGUCUACAUGUACAUGUCCCCCAGCACGGGGAGCCAGAAGGAAAACCUCCGCAAAAUCGCCAUCGAGAAGGAAGCGUCGGAGGACGUGGAGAUAUAUGUCUGGAAGAUGGUGAAAGGGAUAUUCCAUCUAAUCCAGAUUAAGAAGGUGGCAAAACAGGACUUCAAACAAGAGUCGGAGCACUUCCGUCUGGUGACCAGAACUAGUGAAGGUCAGUGGAACAUCUUCAGGCCCCAGCCUCCUGAUCUGAACAUGACGGAGAUCUCCGAGAUACAGACUGAGGCCUUGUAGCGGGUACAGGAACCUCCACCAACGCCAGACAGCCCAGAAAUGAAGAGAUGAGAAAUGCUACUGCCAAAAGAUUACCCAAUGCGACAUGCCAGGCGGUCAGACCCCAGAGAGACAGAGAGGCUGCAGCGCAACAAGAUGGCUGCCGUCCUGACACCGGGUCACUUUACCAGAGACCAAAAGGGACUGCGGUCCAGCCAGAUACUCUGGGAGUAAGAGGAUGGUGUUACUGGAAACAGUCCGUGCCCCCUGCAAUGUGUGCCCUCUCCAGAUCUUCCUCCUCCGGUGUGGGGGUGGGGGGGGGACACCUUUGCUUCUAUUGACUUCCUGCUGAGCUGGAAUUGGGAGAUAUAAAUAUUUAUACAUAAUGCAAUUGUGCUCAUCGUAACGCGUCUCCACGCAGAGCGCACAGCAGGUUCCAGCGGCGGGACCCUGACCGCGCACUUCCCAGUGGCGCCCUUACCUUAUGGUGCUCAACUAAAGCGACCUACUAAUGUCUUAGCCACACAGCCGUGCCUUUGUAAAUAAGGUGAAGUUACCGUCUCUCACUUCACGCGCAGUAUCCGCUUAUCGCAGAAUUAUAACAUUACCUUCCCGCGGGGAAACCCAACACAAGAACGUUAUCGCCCGCCUGAUAUUAAUACCGCACACACUAACGCUCAGUAUAGAUGUAUGCUGCACUGUAUUGAUUAUCAAGCACAAAAGAGACCUUUACUGAGGCUGUGAGAGUCAUUGCCAGCAGUACGCCCCAUAAUAUAAUAUAAUAGAACCUUCUCUCCUGCCAUAGGACAGCACAGUGGCCACCUUAAAAUGAGUGUAAAUAAAGUGUGUCUGUUCUUUUACCAGGCUCGGGACAUAUAACGGAUAUAAUAUCUGACUGGUUUUCAUAACGGACGGAUGGGGCCCUUCAAAUGAAAAUACGUUCUCAAAACAUAUUUUCCCCAUUGGUCCCUCUUUAUAAAAGUACCAAACAUUGGUGCAGGGUAUGUUGGUAUGUUCUCAUAUGCUUUUAUGUUCCAUCAAAGCGAUUAUAUCGGGUCAUUGAUGUAUGUGACAUAUACUGUAUUAUGCUAGGAUCACAGGGGAUGCGGGGGCUGUGUUGCCUUCGGUAGUGGGCCAGCAGUCAGCGUGCGGUGGUGUAGAGGGGUCCGGGUUACCCCCAGAUCAUCUCAUGGUGGUCGUUCCUAGUGUGUGGGUGGAUCUAAAUUUAUGGGUUUUGAUUAGACAAGAUUGAAUCAAGGAAUACACUAGCUGCCUCUUAUCUAUUAUACUGGGUGAUAAAUGUGGGUGUCCCAGUCUUGGUACUUAGCCCAAUUCAUCAGGAUGGCAAAGAGCCCCAGUGAUAGCCUAAGGGAUGGGGGGGGGGGAGUUAGGGGGUCUCCUACUGCCUCGAGCCAUGCACUUCUGAUCCCCCUGUAAAAGUAAUAUUAUUACGCGUAGACCCGUGGGUGCCCUUCUUCAGGAGACCUAAUAAUGGAUAUGCUCUAAGGGUAGUUGAUUUACUUAACACCGAUCAAUGAUUUAUGUUGUGGAGAAGACUUUAUAAGAUAUAUGUCAGCCUCUAGAGAGUAACCAAGACGUGAUUUCCUGCGGAAGCAAUGGCCGUUCUGACAUCCAUGCAAAGCACUGUAACAUUUAAAAAAUACAAAUCUAUAAAGGUUCUCUGUAUAUGCCACACUUCAGUACAGCGCACAGCGAGAAUCCCCCACGGUUUUGGAGACCAACAGUUGUGUCUGGAGCCUGGGUGCCCCUGGAUAAAGUCAUGCUAGUGUGUUCUUCAUUGCUGUACAGUGUCCCAAGCUCAGAUGUAUAUGUGUAACCAACAUCACCUACUACAUUAUACCGGUGGGAGAGGGGGACUUCCUGAGGGAGAGGCGGCUGCAGGAAAGUCCAGGUGGAGACGUAGGUGACGCCACUGGCCGCUGUGCUGGAUUUCCAGUCUUUUAGAAAACAAACUGUGCCUAGCCGACCUUGACAAAGCAAAUCUAUUUAUUUUGAUAUCUAUUUCUGUCUGAAAAGAUCUAAUUAAAAUAUUUUCUGAAUAAUUUUUUUUCUCGUUUAUGAAUGUUGUGUUUGUCUAAAGGAUUUAUAA